GCGGUUGCAAUUGGGCGGUGUUUUAUGGUUGUUUUAGAUCCAAAGAUACUAAUAUUUGUGAAAAUAAGCAAAAACAAUUAUUGACAAGUGCGCCCCAGGUGGAGACAAUAUAAGCCCCAAGAGCCAAAUUAUUAAAAAAAAAGCAGGGCGAUAGACUUGACUUAUACAAGGGGCGAAGCCGGCGUUUAUUUUGUCUAAUAUUGUUGUGGCAAGCCCAGCUCCAAUCGUCCUGUACCUUCAAGCAAUGUCGUCAACUGAAGUUAAAUUGUCGCGUCUGUUGGGACUGGCACAGACAUUUAACAAUUUCUACCUAUUAGGUUUUCAAAAGGGCGACAUACGUCCAUUUCUCGUCGAAGGUCAACAAGUUGGACUAAUUAAAUCGGAUGUAUUCAAGCAGCUGCGCAAGUAUCCAGAAGUGUUUUGCAUACGUGACUGUGAGUCCACAAAUCAGGGGCUUGUGGAGCUAAAUCCAGCCUUUCGUGACUACAACGAACGCACAGCACAAUUGGAAAAAGUAUUACGGAGCUUACGCACCGAUGGCAUCUUCUCCGCACUUCACGGCUGGCGCGACGAAUACUUUGAGGUGAAGUCCGAGCACAAAGGGCUACUGAAAAUGGAGCGAGCCGCCACUCCGCUGUUUGGGGUCCGCAAAUAUGGUGUGGACAUCAACGGCUUUGUGCGCCAUCCGCAGCAUGGCCUUUGCAUUUGGCUACAACAGCGCUCGAACACUAAAGAAACGUGGCCUGGAAAAUGGGAUAACAUGGUAGGUGGCGGCCUAUCCGUCGGAUAUGGCAUCAAGGAGACGGCCAUCAAGGAGGCGGCCGAGGAGGCAUCCAUUCCAACUGAUCUCGUUAAGAAUUUGGUAUCAGCCGGUUGUGUUUCUUUCUUCUUUGAGAGCGAUCAGGGCUUAUUUCCCAACACCGAAUACGUAUUCGAUUUAGAGCUACCAGUCGAUUUUGUGCCCCAUAAUGCGGAUGGCGAGGUACAGGCUUUUGAGUUGCUUCCGGCCAACGAGUGUGUGGAGCGCGUGUUUACACCGGACUUCAAGACGACCUCGGCGCCCGUAGUCAUUGAUUUCUUGAUAAGACACGGCUAUAUCACUGCAGAAAACGAACUCAACUUUACGCAAAUUGUGGAGCUGUUACACGUACCACUUCAGUCGCUAUAUACGUACAAAACACGCCUAGAGCAAAUACAAAAACAGCAGCAGCAACAGGCUUUGCCCAACGACGAUAGCUGCAAUUGCAAUACGCCCACCAUACGACCAAUGGAAAAUGGACACAAUAAGGCUGCUGCUUAGGCGUCGACUAUAAUCAUGUAAAUCGAAUUGGGAUUUAAAAAAAAAGAGUCAAAACAUUGCAUUAUAAAGCAUUAAAAAGAA